AUGGUAAAAUUUGCAUUUUUCCUAGAGAAGAUGCAGAAGCCAAAGGAGAUACUGCACAGGAGCGGGAGAUAUGUAGAGGAAGAUGAUGUGGUGGGCUUCGGUCAUGACACUGAGGCAUUGGUGAAGCAGCUUACUGAGGGGAGUUUGCGACGUAGUGUUGUUUCAAUCAUUGGCAUGGGUGGCUUAGGUAAGACCACUCUUGCUAGGAAGAUCUACAACAACAAUGAUGUCAAUAAUUACUUUGAUUUCCGUGGGUGGGCUUAUGUCUCUCAAGAAUAUAAAGUCAGAGACUUGUUGCUUGAAAUUUUGAAGGGCGUGACACCACUGCCGAAACUGAAAAAAUUUAUCUUGAAAGCUGAAUUGAAAGAGGAACUACUCCAGGGUUUGGAAGCGAAGUAUAGCUCGAAUAAAGAUAAAUUGAAAGGGACACUUAUUGAAGACUUGAAAGGUAUCAAGGAAAUGAAUGAUGAAGAAUUCAAAAAGGCUUUGUUUGAGUUCUUGGAAAACAUACAAGACCAGAGUUUGAAAAUUUUGCUGUUAGAUUUCGUGGAAAAAAUUUACAAAAGGAAUGGUGAAGGAUGGGAAGGUAUGAAUGACGAUGAAUUGAAAAGUGUGUUGUUCAAAUGCUUGAAAGACAACAGGUAUUUUCUUAUCAUGGACGACAUUUGGAAAGCUGAACUAUGGAAUGAGGUAAGUAUUGCCUUUCCUGAUGACUUGAAUAGAAGUAAAAUAUUGAUCCCUAGUCGAAUAAAAGAAGUAGCAUUACAUUUUAGUAGUGCCCCAUAUGAACUCCCAUUUCUUAAAGAAGAUAAAAGAUGGGAACUCUUCUAUAAGAAGGUGUUCAGGGGAGGUCCAUGUCCUCUGGAACUUGAAACUCUAGGAAGACAUAUUGUGGAAAGUUGUGGUGGUUUACCACUUGCUAUUGUCGUAUUGGGGGGUCUUGUGGUGAAUAAGGAGAAAAUGCAUCGAACAAGGUCAAAAUUGACUGGCCAUGUCAAUUGGUACCUGACUCAAGAUAGAUCAUGUUGUAUAAAUAUAUUGGCUCUAAGUUACAACCAUUUACCCCGACGCCUUAAACCAUGCUUUUUAUAUUUAGGUAUCUACCCAGAAGACUUUGAGAUACCUGUGAAACAACUAAUCCGACUUUGGAUAGUCGAGGGAUUUAGACAGAAAACUUGCAACGAGAAUAUGGAGGAUGUUGCUAAAGACUACUUGGAGGAACUCUUUGAUCAGAGCCUGAUUCAAUUGGCAACGAAAAGGCUAGAUGGAGGAGUCAAAACAUGUCAUAUCCAUGAUCUUCUACGAGACCUUUGUAUAUCGGAGAGCAUUGAAGGGAAGUUUAUUGAGGUUCGUUCAGAUGUUAACUUUUCACCCACGAGCAAAUCCCGUAGAAUUUCUAUCCACUAUGCCAACUAUCCAUACAUUUCUUCAAGCCCUUGUGAGCCUUCAAAUAGUCGUUCUGUAAUAGGCUUGGGGGGGUUGUUAAACUCCAGAAUCCUCCUGAUGAAAGCUACUUGGAAUGGCUUUGCAAAAGUAACAAGUUGGUUAAGUUCAGGAAUUUGA